CUAAGUGGUGAGGAGUGGAACUGAUUCUUGGUUGUACACCUUUCACCAUGGUUGACACACGUAGUGGCAAGAGCACCACCCCUUACACCAAGGCUCAGGAAGAGCAAGCCGCCACAGUACUCAAAGAGAGACGAGAGAAGGAGGCCAAGAAAGAGUUGAUUAAGCAGGCCAAUAAAUUGGCCUUACUUGAGGAACAGGCGGCGAAGAGGAAGAAGUUGGAAGAGGAAAUGGAGAGAUUGAAGAAAGAAGACGAAGAGAAGCUGAAGGCAGUAGACGAGGAAGAGAUAGAAGAGGAGGAAGAAAAGGAGGAGGAGCCGCUACUUAGAAGAGGCGCAGGAGAGAGAGGAGAAUUCAGUGGCACAAAGAACGAGGAGUCAUGGAUGGAGAAGAAGAUCUUUGAGUGGGUAGCUAAUUUAUCUCUGGGAGAAGAGGAAGAGGCCAUGUUAUAUGUCCCCCCAGAGGAGAAGGAAGUCGUAAUCAGGGAGUGGGAGGCAGAAAAAGACCCUCUGAGACGUUAGACUAUAGAGGAGAAGAAGAAGUUAGAUGGAAAUUGCGUCUCGCAAGGGAAAAAAAGAGAAGGAUGGAGGAGGCAAACAAGAUGGCGAGGUAAUUGGAUGUGAUAAAGGCGCAGAGAGAGGAGAUUUGGGCGCAAGAAGAUAUACAGGGAAAGCUAGAUGUUAUUUCAAUGAAUAUAGAACUCCUAG